AUGAGCCUAAGCUGGCUUUCGAGGAACCUCCAUUUCGACGAUUCAGACGCCGGCGAGGACAGGAACCCUCUGCUGGCCUAUAUUCGCAGGCCCAGAAAACUACGCAAGGCGCCGCCACCUGCGAAGCCUAGAUACCCACCUAAUAAUCGAUUGGCGGCACGACGCAACCUCAAGGCGUCCAAGGUCGUGGAAGGACACGGAUAUCUGAAGAAUGCUUCAGAGUUGAUCCACCAGCAUCGGGGGUCUUUGGCAUCAAAUGUGCCGUCGCUGGAUUCCAGAUGGGCGCAGCUCUUCACUGUUGCUCCAGUGCUGCGAAAGCUUACCAAAGGCCGGCAGAAGCCGCAGGAGUGGUGUGAUAACGCUAGACAGCUACUCAAGGACGUGCAGAAAAAAUUGAGAGAUGCACGUCGCCGGAGUCGCGGAUCUACUUCGAUUUUCAGUUUCAUUUCAUUGGGAAGCACACGUCGGUCCCGAAAACAUACCCCUGCUUCGUCCAAUCAGAGCCAUUCUACCUAUCGUUCCCCGAAACAUACCCCUCAUCACCAUCACCAACCGAGACCUAGGGACCCGGGAACGGUCAUGUCGCCUUUGUCUUUUCAUCAUGCUCUCGAAUUGAAACCUCUACCGGAGAUUCCGAUUUCCAAAGGUCGAUUUUUCGAAGAUUGGGGGUCUCAAAAUUCCUCCUACGGGUCUCCUCGUCGACGUCAUCACCAUAAGCACCUUCAUCCCUCUUCAGAUUUCUCAAAAGUAACCUCACCGCAUUUGUAA